CUCCCGGAGGACCGCCGGCGUCCCUGGAGCGAAGGACAAGCCGCCGCCGGGCGCCGGGGCCAGGACAGCGGGUGGCUCCAAGGCUGCCCCGGGAGCCCGCAGGGCGGCGCACGCGGUGCCCAGCGAGCCUCUGACCCGCGCCGCGAAACCGCCUGGACCCGCGCCUCCCGGCGCCGCCGCUAAGGUCCGCAGGGCUAAGCGCGGUCCGGGUGCGCCCCCCGCGCGGGCCUUCGCCUCUCCUGGCCCCACCACCCGCGCCCCCAAUGCUAACCUCGCCGUGGCCCCCGGUGCGCGUGCCGGCCACACGGACAGCAGCUCUGAUCUCUCCGAUUGUGCCUCCGAGCCGCUAUCCGACGAACAGCGACCACCGCCCGCAGCCGGUAGCGACGCUGAGUCUGGCACCGGCUCCAGUGACCGCGAGCCCGCUCGGGGGACGUACAGUCGGGGAACGCCACUAGGCAGCCCCGAGAUUCCCGCGCAUCUUGCCGCUCCAGCCCCUGGCCUCGGGGGCCGUAGCAGCCCCGGCGGGGUACCCUCGGGAUCCCCGGGUCGCGGCACGGCAGAGAAUGACGGGGGGCGCACACCUCCCGGGAGAGCAGUCCUGGGGACCCCGCAGGAGCCUGGCCUGGGAGAGCAACCGCGACUUGGGCCUGGAUUGGAGCAGGAGGAGCUGCUGCGGGAGAUGGAGGAGCUGCGCUCUGAGAACGACUACCUCAAGGAUGAGCUGGAUGAACUCCGUGCUGAGAUGGAAGAGAUGAGAGACAGCUACUUGGAAGAUGACGUUUACCAGAUGCAGGAACUUCGGCGAGAGCUGGACCGCGCCAACAAAAACUGCCGCAUCCUGCAGUACCGACUCCGGAAGGCCGAGCAGAAGAGCCUGAAGGUAGCAGAGACUGGGCAGGUGGACGGCGAAUUCAUCAGGAGCCUGGAGCAGGACUUGAAGGUAGCCAAAGACGUGUCUGUGCGGCUGCACCAUGAGCUAGAGGCUGUGGAAGGGAAGCGGGCGAGAGCCGAGGACGAGAAUGAGGUGCUGCGCCAGCAGGUGAUCGAGGUGGAGGUAUCCAGGCAGGCCCUGCGGAACGAGCUCGAGCGGCUGAAGGAGAGUUCCCUGAAGAGAAGAGGCAGCCGGGAUACGUACAAAGAGAAGAAGGCCUCCAGCCAGGAUGACAGUGCCGACCUGAGGUGCCAACUUCAGUUUGCCAAAGAGGAGGCCUCUCUGAUGUGCAAGAAGAUGGCCAAGCUGGACAGGGAGAAAGACGAGCUGGAGCGGGAGUUGCAGAAGUACAAGGCACUCUAUGGGGAUGUGGACAGUCCCCUGCCCGUGGGGGAGGCUGGCGGGCCCCCCAGCACACGGGAGGCCGAGCUAAAGCUGCGGCUCAAGCUGGUGGAGGAGGAAGCCAACAUCCUGGGCCGCAAGAUUGUGGAGCUAGAAGUGGAGAACCGAGGCCUCAAGGCGGAGAUGGAGGACAUGCGGGUGCAGCUCGAGCAGGAGGUUGCUGGCCGGGAGCGUGUGCCCAGUGUCCCAACUUCGCCCUUCGGGGACUCCCGGGAAUCCUGUGCCGAGCUGCGCCGGCACCUGCAGUUCAUGGAAGAGGAGGCCACGCUGCUGCGGAGGUCCAUCACUGAGAUCGAGGCCCACAACCAGCAGCUGACCCAUGAGCUGAGCAAGUUCAAGUUUGAGCCUCGCCGGGAGCUGGGGAGGCUCAGGGAAGGCAUGGGCAAGGGCACUGUGGGUCCCCUGCAGGAGGAGCUACGUUCCGCCAGGUUACAGAUCAGCGAGCUGAGCGGGAAGGUGCUUGAACUACAGAGUGAGAACCUGGCGCUGCUCUCCGACGCCCACUUGGGACUGCAGGCCCCAAGCCCCCGAGACAGCGAUGUGGAGAGUGACACAGGCCGGAAGGAGAGCGACGCAGAGGACAGCCGCCUGCCCCAGCCCAGGCGGGAGGGCCCUGUUGGUGGGGAGAGCGACUCAGAGGAGAUGUUCGAGAAGACUUCAGGCUUUGGGAGUGGGAAGCCGUCAGAGGCCAGUGAGCCCUGCCUGGCAGAGCUGAGGGCGCCUGAGGAGGCUGAGCACCUGGUGGUCAUGAAGCACGAGGCCCAGCAGCUGGAGCGCACAGUGGAGCACCUCGUCACUGACAUGGACAGCUUCCUCCGGGACUCUGCUGGGCUUCGGGGUGAGGGCGAGAGGGGCCGGGAUGAGCGCCCGCUGCUGGGGACCAUCAAUGGGCGGAUGAAAGCCUUCCAGAAGGAGCUGCAGGCCUUCCUGGAGCAGGUGGCCCGUCUGGGGGAUGGCGUGUCACCCCUGCCCCACCUCACAGAGUCAUCCAGCUUCCUGUCCUCCGUGACCUCCGUGUCCCGGGACUCCCCUGUGGGGAACCUGGGAAAGGAGCUGGGCACGGACUUGCAGUCCAGACUGAGAGACCAGUCAGAGUGGCAGCUGGGGCCAGACCGAGGGGAUGAGCGCGACAGCCUGCACCUUCAUGCUGCGAGGGAGCUACACCGCCGGGCGGAUGGGGACACUGGGAGCCACCGGCCAGGAGGCCCGAGCUGCUCUAGUCCCGAGCUGGAAGAGGAGCACCUGUACGCACUGCGCUGGAAGGAGCUGGAGGUGCAGAGCCUGGCGCUGCAGAGCACGCUGCAUGCACGCACCUGGGGCGAGGAGCGGGCGCUGCUGCACCGCGAGCUGAGCACACUGAGGCAGAGUGUCUUCCUCUUCUAUGUCAAGCUGCGGUGGCUGCUGAAGCACUGGCGGCGGACGAAGCAGGGGGAGGAUGGUGCCGAGGGCGAGCGUCCAGAGAGCCUCCCCGGGCUCGGGGAGCUUGGCGUCCAGGGAGACCACCAGGCAGACAGGCUGGAGCACGAUGGCAGCGGCCGAAGCUGUGACUUUGCUGCGCGGGAGACUUCUCCACUCACCCCGGUGCAGAUCAGCGAGCAGGCGUCGUUGUGGCUGCAGACUGUGGAUGGGAAGCUGCUCCACAGGCAGGUGGUAGAGAACCAGCAGCUGUUCGGCGCCCUCGAGGCUGUGCUGGAGGACUUCCGCUCUGAGCUAUGGGAGGACGAGCUGGCCCGGCGGCGGCUGCAGUGGCCGUACACCAGUGACACGGCUGCCUGGGACGUGGAGUGGGCCAUGCUCAAGGGCCGCCUAGAGCAGAUGCAGAAAGAGAACGGCCCCCAGAGAGGCAGCAGUUUCCUCUGUGAUCAGAAAGAAGGCAAUCCGCCCCUCUCUUCCCACCUGGAAGGCCCUCGCAUGUCCCGGCCCAUAUCCGUGUGGCCCUGCGCGGACCUCGACUCCCUGCCUUUUGAGGACCAGCCACUGUCCCAGCUGAAGGAGUCAGACCGGUGCUCAGCCAGCGAGAACCCCCACCUGGACGCCUUGGCCCUGGACGAUGAGCAGGAGGAGCCACCCCUGCCCCGGGGAAAGCCUGAGAGGACCUUCAGGAACCGCCUCCCAGAGGAAGAAGAAAACCACAAGAGGAGUCUUCAAAGGGUGGUGUCUGUGUCCUCCAUGUCCGAGUUCCAGCGCCUGAUGGAUGUCUCCCCCUUCCUGCCUGAGAAGGGCCUGCCGCACCCCAGCAGCACAGACGACAUCACCCCACCCCUGUCCCCUGACGACCUCAAGUAUAUUGAGGAGUUCCACAGCAAGAGCUGGGACUACACAACGCCCCCUAGGGCCGGUCCAGAGCGGCCCCCAGACCCCUGGGCAGACAGGACCGAGGGCGGAUGGGCUGGGCAGGUGGCCCCAGCAGAGCCCUUCCCUACCUCCUCCUGGUUCCUGACCACAAGCGUUACCAUGACCACGGACAGCCUGACCAGCCCCGAGCACUGCCAGAAGCAGGCACUGCGCAGCCACGUCCUCACCGAGCCAUCGGGGGUGCGCGUGCUGCACAGUCCACCCGCCAUCCGCAGGGUGGACAGCAUCAGGCUGGACCUGGAGGGCCCCCCACCCACCAGCAGAGCCAGAGCCAGCCUGGGAGAGACCAGGGAGCCCCCCGCACCGGACAGGUGGCCCUGCACCCCAGCCCGACACCCCCGAGACUAUGCGGAGGGGGCCCUGUGCCCCCUUGAACUCUCCCUCUGCACCCCCUUGGCUGCCACCCCACCACACAGCCUGGACAUGUCCAAGAACAUGAGUGACGACAGCAAGGCGGCAGCCUUCUCCAUCAGGAGCACCCUGGGCUCUGGCCCCACCCGGCCCCUCGUCAAGGACAUGGCCUGCCAGACAAACGAGUCCCACACGACGGGGACCCAGACUGUGCAAACCAUCAGUGUGGGUCUGCAGACUGAAACCCUGCGUGCUGGCGGUGUCACCAGUAGCCCCCACAGGUGUCUCACGCCAAAGGCAGGGGGCGGCACCACACCGGUGUCAUCCCCAUCCCGGAGCCUUAGGAGCAGGCAGGUGGCCCCCGCCAUCGAAAAGGUGCAGGCCAAGUUUGAGCGUACCUGCUGCUCCCCCAAGUACGGGUCCCCCAAGCUGCAGAGAAAGCCCCUCCCCAAAGCUGACCAGCCGGCCAGCAGGACUUCGAUGGGGGGCGGCCAGAAGGGCUUCAGCGAGUCGGCCUGGGCCCGCUCCACCACCACGCGUGAGAGCCCUGUGCACACCACCAUCCCCGAUGGCCUCUCCAGCCUCUUCGCCAUCGUGGACCACAGUCCAGCCCUACAGGACCCCUUCCAGAAGGGCACGCGGGCCGGAAGCCGUGCUCACUCCACAGAGCCCCGGCCAGAGCUGGGUCCUGGCCAGGAGACAGGCCCUGGCUCCCGGGGAAGGUCACCCAGCCCCCUGGGCGCAGUCAGGGAGGACGGGGGAGAGAGCACGCCCAUGAGGCAGGACCUGUCUGCACCCCCUGGCUACACACUGGCGGAGAGUGUGGCCCGGAUCCUGAACAGGAAGCUGCUGGAGCAUGCCCUCAAGGAGGACAGGAGGCUGGCUGUGCCCGGGCCCCCGAGUCUCACCAGUGACAGUGUCAUGGGAGAAACGGCCCCAGCCGAGCCGGGAGCCAUGGAGGAACUGCCUUGUUCCGCACUCGCCCCGUCCCUAGAGCCCUGCUUCUCCAGGCCUGAGAGACCGGCCAACCGCCGCCCUCCAUCCCGAUGGGCUCCUCCCAGCCCCUCCGCCUCAGAGGCUCGGUCACCUGGGGCGCCUGCAUUCCUGGAGGAGCCCGGUGCCGAGGACGGACCGGAGGAGAAGCCACACCUGUGAUGCCAGCCUGCACGGACCACCAGAGCCACCACCGUCACACACCGACGCUGCCCGGAGGAGAAAGGACCUCGGUCUUCAUGAGACAGCUGCUGAACGUCCGACCUGGGACGCUGAGACGUUUCUAGACUGGGACAGUACAUGUGCCUGUAAUAACUUCUUUUCAUAGCUCAGAAAACUAUUUUUGUCUCCAUCUUUUUUACACACAGUAUAUUAAACUAAACAAAAAGGUAAAUAAGGUUACAAAUAGAUUUAAAAUGUCAAAGUUGUAAAUGUAAAGUGUACCUUGGGAGGGACUCUGCCCGCUCCCAGCCCGGAGGUGCCUCUGUUACGCGGACUGCACUGUUCCUCUGGGUUGGGCUUCUCCCCACGUUGGAUGUAGAGUGUUUUUAACUUAAUUUUAAUUUGUCUGGGUUGGUGUUUUCUUAGGAAUUUUUUUUUAAAUGCUUCGGACUGUCUGCUGCAGUGAUAUUUUGUGGUGAAGGCUGAGAAGCCGGCAGCUCUCACCCCGGGGAGGCGGGUCCCUGUUUGGGGAGGGGACAGAGGCCACGUGCAGCUCCCCCAGCCCGCCUGUACCUGGCUGCAUGAACCCCACCGCCUCCCUCGCCUGCCCGUCGUCCAUCUGGUCUACUGUGAUCGUCCUAAAGUCCCUGUCACUGUUGGCCCCUUGCACUGAUGCGACAACAGCAACCUUCUAAAUGGUUAAAAGAUUAACUGAGACAUACAGCGCUCACUCAGAAUCUUUGCUUAGAGAAAAAUACUAGAGAGCUGCGAGGUGCCAAAUCGUGACCAGCAAGGUGCCUUGUGUCUGUCCCAGACCACGAGGAAGUGGAAAUAAAGCC